AUGGAAGCGGGUACCUCACUGAGGUACUUUAGUGGAGAAGACUGCGACCAUCGUGAGUACAAGAGGUGGAAGCAAUGGGCGCUCAAUAAGAUGCGCACAAUGGACAAGCUGGCAGAAGAGGCACGUGGAUCGUUCAUUUGGACGCUCCUGUCCGGCCGUGCUCUAGAGGUAGUCGAGCACCUCAAAGAGGAAGACUACCAGGUGAAGGGGGGAGAGAAGAAGCUUUUCGAAUUGCUGGAUCGUCGGUGGCCCGAGUUGGACAGAACCGACGAGAUCGGCGAGAACAUCGCCGACGUGUUUGGACUGCGGGCCAAAGAAGGCGAGACCAUUCGCCAAUGGUGUGCAAGGGCCCGCGAAUGCUUCGACAAGUGUGCCCGUAAAACGGGCGUCAAAUUCCCAGAAGAAGCAAGAGGAUGGAUCUUGCUGAAUCAGAGUGGCAUGGCCGAGGAACAACGUGCAGUGUGCCUGGCUCGAGCUCAAGGAGACCUCAAGUUCGAACAGUUGGCUCAAUCCAUGAGGUCAUGCUUCCCCGACUAUGUGGUGCCUAAGCGAAGAUCCGCUGCUGUCCAUAUGGUGGAAGAGUUCCCUGCUGCCUCGUCGAAUGAACCGACGGGUGAGGAUUCCUUUCAAGACGUCGAGUUGUUUCUGGCCGAACAUGGCUUUGAGGAGAGCUCAACUCUGCCGGCAGAGGACUACAUCCAGGACGGCUUCGAUGAAGAAGAGACAGCGGAGAUCUUAGCUGCCACCUGGCGUGAGAAGCGUGCUGAGCUGAACAUGGUUCAGAAGGGGCGUAAGUUCACCCCGCCCGACAGUCGGCGAGGAGCCCCAGCUGGCAAGGACCUCAAAAGAUCCUUCCGGGUGCAGGUGAUCGACAGUCCGGUGCAAGAGCAUUUUGUCUGCACCGCCGAAAGUUGCCCCGAGAUCGAGGUUUUCCUGGUGAGUAGUCCUGGAUAUGCAAUCUUGGACAGUGGCUGUGGCAAGACGAUCGUCGGACGAUCAACCCUCGAGUCCUUUCAGGCCAUUUGGAAGAAGCACGGCGUGCCUUGUCCCCAAGAGAAGGCUGAGCAGAACAGCUUUCGUUUUGGCAAUGGUGAGCAGGAGGUGAGCACCUCUGUGGUUGACAUGCCGGUCUAUUUGGCCGGUCGACCUGGAUACAUCAAAGCUGCCAUCGUCAAGGGCUCGGCACCAUUGUUGCUGUCUCGGCCUGCUCUACAGAGGUUGCAGGCCCAGAUUGACUUCGCAAAUGACAGCCUCACCCUGUUCGCUGGAAAGGUGAAUAUCCCAAUGGAGAUCAAUGCUGCCGGCCAGUAUGCCAUCUAUGUGACGGCAUUUCCUGAACAGGCGUCCCGUCUGUUCCCAGGUUCCGAGCCGCAGCCUGACCAGUCGAUCGAAGACAAUUGCCUCUCGGUAGAAUAUAACCACUCACAUGCAAAGAUGAAAGACUACUGGGAGUAUAGGCCCAAGGAUCGUAUGCUUAUUCGACACCACCUCAAGCCACGUACCACCAGGUUCACACCACAUAACACACAAUGCCCGGUCGCCGUCGACCGUCUCCAACACAUUCGUAACACACAUGCUUCCACAGUCAGGGACCUUGAAGACGAUUGGACUGAUCCGCUUAGUGCCCACGCCCAUCAUGAUGCAAUUCCCUGGACUGGCAAGACAGUCUUUCGACUCCUACGACAUGUUCCGCCGCCGACCAUCCCUCCGGCCCAGGAAGAACGGCUCCGGUUGAUGCAAUGGACUGCCAAGCAACAUCGGCAGUUGAUUGCUCAAGUCAAGGCGCCGGACCGUGACCAAACAGAACGGUAUGACAUCAUCGAAGUGUUUUCACCACCUCGUUUUGGUCUUGAAGGGAGUAAGCUGGGCCUCCGGGUCCUGUCGGCAGAUCUGUGCACCGGAUGGGAUUUUCGUAGGAAGGCCGAUCGGGAGUCAUUGAAAAGCCAUGUUCAAGUGAGUAAACCUAAGCUGCUUGUUUGUUGCCCUCCUUGCACUUGGGCGGGAGGAUGGUGGCACUUGAAUCGACAGUACAUGACCCCUCAAGAAGUUGCAAUCAGGGAAACGUGGACUCGGUUGUUCAUCAAGUUUUGUUGUGAACUCAUGGAGCUCCAGCUCACACAUGGAGGUCAAUGCAUGUUUGAGCACCCAAGAGAUUCGGUAGCUUGGAAUCUUCCGUCCAUGCAACAGCUAACCAAACGGAUGCACCUAGUGUCGGUAGACAUGUGCUGUUAUGGACUGCGCAUCCCAGGCGGAGAGUUGAUCCGAAAGUCCACCCGCCUUUUGGUCUCGCAUGACCGAAUGAGAUGCCUAGCCAAGCAAUGCCCUGGGUCUUCACAUGAGAGCCAUCGAUGUCACCAGCCAGUGGCCGGACAUCAUCGCAUGGUAGGUGCUGUCAGCAAACACGCUGCCAAGUACACCCCUGCUUUUGUUAAAGCCGUGUUGCGAGUGACCCAAGGGUUGCCGGUGACUGAAUCUCUCAUUGUGGUCGAAGACCGUUUGCAAGAGUGCCUCGUAGCCCAGUCUUUGGAGGAACUGAACCAUGAGAGCGAGGACAAAGUCAAAACGAGCUUGAGACGACUUCACAACAACUUGGGACAUCCCACCAAUCAACAAUUGAUCCGAGUCCUGAAACAUGGUGGUGCUUCCGAAGCCGCGCUGAAUGCUGCCCGAGCCUUCCAAUGCGAUCAGUGCCUAGCCCAGAAGAGCCCAAAGGAGAUCGUUUGCGAUCCUCACCGAGCGAAUCUGCCCGACGCCUUUUCCUCGAUUCUCGAGAAGGGUGGCGCCUCUUUUAAGCUUAUAGCUGCUGAUGCCCACUGGCAACUCGGGAAAUGCGAGGUGCACGGGGGUUGGUUCGCCCGUGUGCUUGAUCGCAUCCUGUCGGAGCACUCCCCCUCCAACCGGGAGGAAUGGACUGAAUGUGUUAGUGCAGCACAUUGCAAAAACCAGUUGAUCCAGGUGUAUGGCAUGACCCCGUCACAAUUCGUGUUUGGCCGGAACCCCCGAAUUCCAGAAAACUUGUUGGACGAACCAUUAGAGAUAGUUCCUGCCACAUCAUCACUGUAUGAAGAAGCCGUGGCCCGACAGGCAGUUCUCGAACUGCAGGACAGUAAGGCACUUCGUCUGGCCUUGGCAGCCCGCCCUAGGGUAAACCACAUGCAUGAACCAGGUUCCUAUGUUGCCUAUUGGCGAUCCCAAAAGUGGGUUCACGGUUCUCUGGACAAGACCGGACGUUGGCAUGGACCUGCUGUGGUGUUGGGUUAUGUUGGCAGAAACGUAGUGGUCAUUCACAAAAGACAGGUCUUUCGCUGUGCUCCAGAACAAAUUCGACCGUCCACUCAUGAGGAGAAAAAGUUGGUUGAAACACCACACAUGGAACUCCUAGGAAUCAAACACCUGAUCGAAGCCGGAAAGCUUGAAAGCCGACAGUACAUCGACCUCGUGCCAGAGAGCUAUCCGAGCGAGCUGCCAAUGCCAGAGACAGAUACUGCCCCACGGCCUGUGGAAGGAAGCCCUGUCGACCUCCCGUCGAUGCCUGCUAGACCUGCCACAACAGGAUGUAAUGAUAGUCUGAGUCCACCUCCACUAUCAACCCCGUUGGAAAGUGACGAUACACAGGUCCCAGUGGAGGACAAGGCAACAACCUUCCGCGAAGAGCCGCCUGACACUAGGCCAUCCAAGACGAUCCCACAGCCACCACCUGAUGCUGACACGGUGGAUCCGACUACCGGCUAUGGGCCUGUCCGGCCUGUUCGACGGCGCAUUUUGCACAAGGAUGGAGCAUCCGCUCUAUACCGGCCGGGUCGUAUGAUGCAAGAUGACUUCCAAGACAUGAUGCAAGAGAUUGUUCCUCAGCUCAUUAAACAAGUCAUAGACACCACGCCACCGGCGUCAUCCGCCUCGGAACCGGUUGAGCCGAGUUCCACAGUUGAAUCACAGAGGGGCCAAAAGCGCAUGGUUGAUGACGCCAGUGGUGCCGAGCAACCAGUAGGCAAACGUGCAGCCGCAUAUGAUCAUACACAUGACAUGGACGACAGCCUGAUCGUGGAACCAGUUGGCAGCACGUUCGCCAAGGAUGAAGUAGCCAUCUGUUCUGUCGAGGUUUUGCAACAACAAAGUUAUGAUCCCAGGAGCGAUAACCUCUCUCUAGAAGACCUAAAUCAACUGAUCUCCAUGUAUCGGGAAGGAACGCCACAUGAAAUUCUUGUAGCAACAUACCUCAAGAAGAAGGCUGCUAAAGAGCUUCCCGUGUCAGGUAACCCGACCGAAAUCCAGAUUAAGAUCGACGAGGCCAAAUUGUUGGAAUGGAAUACCAUCCUAGCUAAGCAUGCAGCCAGAUUAGUCCUAGGACCCGAAGCCGAGGGAGUCCGUAGACACCACAGUGACCGAAUCAUGGGUAGUCGAUAUGUCAUCACGGUGAAGCAAGAAGAUGACUCGGCACCACGCAUGAAAGCACGCUGGUGCCUUCAGGGCCACUUGGACCCAGAUCUCAGUGAGAAGGCCAUGCAAGGUGAUCUUCAGAGUCCCACCUUAAGUCAGGUCGGACGUAAUCUGAUCUUUCAGCUUCUGUCAUCCUUUCGUUGGAAUAUGUCCUUGGGGGACGUAAAAGGGGCAUUCCUAGCAGCGGGUGAUCUACCACAACGGUACCGCCCUCUCUACGCUAGUCUCCCAAAAGGUGGCAUCCCUGGAGUUCCCGAAGAUGCCCUGAUAGAGGUCUGUGGACAUGUGUACGGGUUGAACGACUCGCCAGCUGCAUGGUACAAAAAGCUGUACCAAGAACUAACACGGGUUGGUUUCGAGAGGUCACGAUUCGAUUCUUGUCUCUUUUACUUUCGAGAAGAAGGAAAACUGACCGGGAUCUAUGGGGUUCAUGUUGAUGACUGUGUGACCGGAGGACAGAGACCAAAAUACUCAGCAGCCAUCCAAGAGCUUCAACGGGUGUUCGAAUUCAGAAAAUGGAGAAAAGGGUCUGGGGAUUUUUGUGGUAGUCAAUACUUUCAGGACCCCAAUACACAUGAAAUCACCAUGAGCCAGAGCCGUUUUACCAAGGAGAAGGUAAGACCCCUCCACCUCAGUCGGGAAAGGGCUCGUGUUCGAGACGUUGCACUCGAUGCCAAAGAAGUGAGUUGUCUUAGAGCGAUCAAUGGCAGCUUGAACUGGUUAGCAAACCAAUCCAGACCAGACCUAGCAACUCAGGUGUCCUUCUCACAACAGUCCUUCCCACAACCUUGUGUGGAAGAUGCCAUAGCUGUGAACCAUGCGGUCCGACGUGCAAAACAACACUCGGAUCAAGAAAUUCGUUUCUGUGCCAUUGGUCCCAAUGACCUGGCUCUCAUGUGUCAUUCAGAUGCGGCGUUCGCCAACGCCAAAGCAGGAGCGACACAAGCAGGGUUCAUAGUAAGCUUUGUGCAUAAAGAUGUGAAUCUAGGUAAGGACUGCAAAUGUUCUCCAGCGUAUUGGAAGAGUUUCAGGUUACCAAGGGUUGUUUCCUCAACGUUGAGUGCAGAGGCCCAAAGUAUGUCGGUUGCUUCUAGCAUGUUGGAAUGGACCAAUCUCAUCCUUUCGGAAGCCUUAGACGGUUCUAGGUGUCCACAAAGCCUAUGGGGUAGUUUGGGAAACCGGUUAACCAUGCUUGUGACAGAUUGCAAGUCCUUGUACGACCACCUGAGCUCCCAGUCGUCACCAACGCUGGACGAUAGGCGUACCGCCAUCGACAUCGUCAUACUCAGGGACAGCAUUCGUCGAAUGCAAGCAACACUAAGGUGGAUCCCGACAAACAGAAUGUUGGCUGAUGCUCUAACAAAAGAAAGUCCAGAAGCCUUUGACUUGUUGAGAGCCUGUUUGAGGUCCGCCCGAUACCAAAUAAGCCCAGAGGAGCUUGUGUUGCAGCGCAGAGCCCAAGAACGUGAUAGACGAAAACAGUUUGCCUCUAGCUCGAAAUCGCAGAACCAUGGCGAUGUCCAGUGGACUGAGUGCCUUCACUCCUGCGGUACCAUGAAGGCCAGGAAGUGCGGUGCAUGGGAUGCCAUCAUGCACCGGGUCCGUGAUGCUGAGGAUCUGGCUUUGGACGAAGCUUGGUCUCCUUCCCUUUCUGGCUCUAUGUCGGAUGGAUCGAAGCGAUUGCGUGAGGACAGGGCUCCAUCAACACCAGUGACGUACGGAUCCGGCUACACAACUGCUGAUCCGCCUAUGCCUUCCGAGAAGAACCUGAUCGCUAGCCCAAGUCCUGGUGGCGAGUUGCCACAUGGGGUGUCGACAAUCACCCAAUGGGGAAAGACGGUGGUGUCCUUUGGGAAGUACAAAGGCUCCAAGAGCUAUGCUGAAAUGUUUGAAAGCACGAGCGAAGAUUUGGCCAGCUAUCGUAGCUAUUGCCAGUCCCACUACCAGAGUGGGUCACCGGCCUUGCGAGAUUUGGUUGACUACUUCCGCGCCCGCGGAAUGCAUCAUGAAGCAAGCCAGUCUGUCAUCCCCGGCAGCUCCAUUCGACGUGUGUACAAAAACACUUAA